UCCAGGUGUUACAUGGUGUGUUCUGAUUAGAAAUGCUUUCCAAUUUUAAACAUAUUGUUAUUGUCUCGCGUUUGUUAUAGUGUUAUUUGUGCGCGUUUAUUAAUUGUUCUCAUUUGCUUAAAUCAUAUUUUAUCUGUGUAGUCGUGGUUUCAUAUUGAAUAAAGGAAGAAAUACACAUCAUUCGUUGUGCAUAAAAUUCUGGGAAUUCUGGGUCAUUGUGAAAGAAUUAAUUGAAAAAUACCAUUUCUAGCUAACUGGGGACUACUAAGAAACAAAUGAUAUUAAAGAUGAUGUCAAUGUCAUUUGGAAAGGAGUCAAUGGAGAGACUGCUUUGGAUGGAGGCUCUGAACGUUUCUAGGGUUAAUAGUUUAAAACACAAAAUACAUGGUGUAGUAAAGUCGACCAAAAACAAAUACGUAUGGAAAAGAACAAGACUAUCGUUGUUGUCAAUGGGAGUAGUGCAAGUUUGUUGUCAUCAAAUGAUAAAAGGACAACAAAAGAGACUUUCGCGUUUGGAUGGGGAAAGUUUCGACCAAAACAGCUGAAUUUCUUGAACUCAUCCGUCUGGUUUAUUAUUAUCUUCGGCGUUUAUAACACUUUUCAAGGUAUUGCUGCCUGGGCUAUGCCUAGCCUUGUGUUACCAAGCAUUGAACGACGAUUUUCCUUCUCUAGUAAGGAAUUGGGAAUAAUUUCAGCUGCUAAUGAUGCGAGUGCUUUGAUAGUGAUGAUAUUUAUAAGUUUUUAUGGCGAUUAUUGUAACAAGAUAAGAUGGAUGGGUUAUGGUGCUGUGGUUUCUGGUUUUGGUAUCACGAUGUUUGCAUUGCCGCAUUUCAUGAUUGGACAAUAUCGACCUGUCAGUUCAUUCUCUGGUGGUUUAUGUAAUACUGGAAACCAAACAGUCGCACAUUGUUUAACUGGAAAUUAUGGAGGAAACUGGUACUACCUAAUUGUGUUUAUCAUUGCUAUGUUGAUAAUGGGAGCUGGAAAUGCUCCAUUGUUUUCUUUAUUCAUUGUUUAUCUUGAUGAAAACAUUAAAUCAAAAUCUUUCCCAUGGUAUCUUGGCAUUUAUAAUGCAACACAAUUCAUUUCACCUGGAAUUGGAUAUCUCAUCGGGGGAAAGUUUCUCAGUAUAUAUGUACACAUAUAUCAGCCCGAUGGAUUUAAGAUGACACCACGUGAUCCGAGAUGGAUUGGAGCGUGGUGGAUAGGAUUUCUUGUUUUUGGUGUACUCACUAUGCUUUUAUCCAUACUUAUGUUUGGUUUUCCACGUGAGUUGCCCGGGGCCAAAAAAAGAAGAUUAGAAUACAAACGUGAAGGCUUUCUUAAUGCAACAAAAAAUAUGAGCAUACCCAGCUUAAAGAGUCUUCCAUCUGACUUAAAAGAGCUUUUAAAAAACCGUACGUUUGUUUUUAACACUCUUGGCAUGACAUGUUUGGCAUUUUACGCUGGUUCAAUAAUGGUUUUCAUGUCGAAGUUUCUGCGAGUAAAAUUUGGCUUGGAUCCUGCAAAAUCUGGAUAUUAUCUUUCAUUCGUGUCAAUAUCUUCAGCUCUGGUUGGUAACUUUGUUGGUUCUUAUAUUGUCAGAAAGUUCUCUCUCAAAACGUCGUGUAAAAACGCAGCUGCAACAUGCUUGAUUUUACACAUUUUUGCGAUUGGUGGAACACUGAUAUUCUUAAUUCCGUCAUGUCAAAAUAUUCCUUUUGUUGGCGUUUCUGUGGAACAUAACAGUCAAAGCAUAGGAGGUGAAUUGUUAAAGUAUAAAUGUAACGCGGAAUGCCGUUGCUCAUUAAAGUCAUUCUCUCCAAUUUGUGGAACAGAUAAUUUAACGUAUGUUGACGCUUGUCAUGCCGGUUGUAAAACAGUACUUCCAAACAAGAUGUACGCUAACUGCUCAUGUAUAGCUGGCAAAGGAGAAGCAAAACCCGGAUACUGUAAUCGUAAAUGUGAAAAUAUUCUUUUUUUUGUGUUUCUUUCGUUGAUGGCAAGCGCUAUACGUCUCGCUUCAUUGGUCCCGACAAGAACAGUCACACUGAGAUGUGUUCCAGACAACAAACGAGCAUUUGCCACCGGUGUAAAUUAUAUGGUAUUUAAAACAUUCGGACUGCUACCUUCCUCGGUCAUACUUGGACAUAUUGUGGACAAGUCGUGUAAUUUAUGGCAGAAUUUUUGCAAUAAAAAAGGAAGAUGUUUUGAUUAUGACAUCCCGCAUCUCAGUCUCAAUAUUAGUAUUUUUGGAGUUGCUUUAUCUGUAUUGACAGCAUUCUUCUAUUGGUUAUCCUGGUAUUUUUGUAAAUCGUCGAAAACUGAAAACGUCUAUUGUGAGGGUAAUCAAUGUACGCCAAGUGAAGAGGAAAAGAAAACAAAAGAUCCUAGUUUCAAACACGAAAAAGCAGAUAUAAAAGAAGCAAUGUCCAAAACAACGAAAUUUUAAACUUGCAUUUUUAGUUUGCAUAAUUUACGAAGCUUUUCAACUUAUAUAUUUUCUUGCUGCACAUUUUAAACUUAGUUUGAAUGUUCGCACUCAUUGUUGUUCGUAUAGCGACAUUAGUAACGCACUUUAUUUUCUGUUUUCGAUCAUAUUUUUCCUGAAUUUCAAAGAAAUUGUCAGACAUAUAUUUAUAAGCCACCACAAGUCAACAACUUCUUACCCUCAAUCUUUCCCCAUAGUUUUAGCUACCAACAUGUUUUUUGUUGCACAUAUAAUGAUUUUUUUAUCAAAUCUUAUUUUCAAAAAGAUUUCUCAUUGGCUGGUUUAUUUCAUUUCGAAGGCUUUUAGAGACUUGACAUUUUAAAAUUUCUCGUUAUACUUUAACAGACUAAAGCCUCGGUCACACUGUUCGACGAUAACGAUAAACGAUAAACUAUAACGACAAACUGUAAGGAAAUUCAAUGGUCACAUACUAACGAUAAAUCGUUAUCGUUAUCCCUGCAAUGUGAUCGCACAUAAGAGUUUGAAUAACGAGCGAUUUUUUUGCAUCGUUAUCGGAUCGUUAUCGGGUGCAGUGUGACCGAGGCUUAAUAAUAUCAUAUUUUGUAAUAUCUGAAAAACCCGAUCUGAUCUUCGACGUUUUCUGGCUCCCAAAUUUUGAAAAUUAGUUUUUGGUCAUUGCUUUAACAAUUUUCCAGGUGUUACAUGGUGUGCUCUGAUUAGAAAUUCUUUCCAAUUUUAAACAUAUUGUUAUUGUCUCGCGUUUGUUAUAGUGUUAUUUGUGCGCGUUUAUUAAUUGUUCUCAUUUGCUUAAAUCAUAUUUUAUCUGUGUAGUCGUGGUUUCAUAUUGAAUAAAGGAAGAAAUACA